AGAACUACCACAAGCAGCUCGAGGCACGUACGCAGUGCCCUACAUGUAGAGGCAACUUAAAGUUAUGGUAAACUAUUCGUCAUUCCAUCUCCUCUGUUGAUCACUGAACAUACAUUCAGAGGGAGCUCAACUGAUAUUAAUAAGUACACAUAUGUACUUUAGUCCUGAUUCCUGAGUGUUGAACUUGCAAUGGCGGCCAGCAGGGCCUGGGUGGCAGCUGGAAAGGCAGGUCAAAGUGUGCCUGUCCUUUCGGGGAAGUGCAGCAGUCAGCACAGUGAUGCACGGUGCUCUGCUUUCAGAAGCUGGCCCGCUGUUGGCCCCAGGGAUCUGUAUUCAAAACUCACAAAAGGUGGAAACAUAACACAAUGCCGCUACAAUGUAGCAGAUCUGUUUAGGUACAAGAGACACAGUAAAGCCUCUCAGCACAGGCUUGCGAGGAGGGCUGAGAGGGAGAGGGUAGUUGGAGUAAGUGCAACAUUAGAGCAAGGAGUCACCAUUGUUGUGGGCGCUGAAGCAACUAAGGAAGCACCUGCCUCAGACAAUGCUGGCACCAAUGUGCAAGCCGUCUUAUUUGACAUGGACGGCGUUCUUUGCGACAGCGAAGAUAGGUCGAGGCAGGCAGCAGUUGAGCUCUUCAAGGAGUUAGGGUUUGAGGUCACGGAGGAGGACUUCAUCCCGUUCAUGGGGACAGGGGAGGCCAACUUCCUGGGUGGGGUGGCGCGCAAGUUUGGCGUCCCUGACUGGGAUGUCACUAAGGCCAAGGCACGCUUCUUCGAGAUCUACAUUGGCAAGUAUGCCCUCCCUGACUCGGGCCUAGGCUACUCUGGGGCGCUCGAGUUGAUCCAAGCGGUGAAGCGGGCAGGGCUCAAGGCGGCGGUUGCUUCCAGUGCCGACCUUGUCAAAGUCAAUGCAAACCUUGCAGCCGCUGGUCUCCCUCUAACCAAUUUUGACGCGGUGGUGUCAGCGGACCUGUUUGAGCGGCUGAAGCCGUCCCCUGACAUCUUCCUGGCCGCUUCCAAGGCCCUCGGUGUGCCCCCUUCGCAGUGUGUGGUCAUUGAGGAUGCACUGGCGGGCGUGCAGGCAGCACUGGCGGCAGGCAUGCGUUGCAUUGGCGUCACGACCUCUCUCGACGCCGCUGCUCUCGCCCCCGGUGGGCCCGCCCUGGUGCGCAAAGACAUCUCGCACAUUACCUUGGACGAUAUUCUGACCGUCAAGUACCCCCCUUCCAACAACGAUGACCAGAACGAGACCCCCGCCCAACUACUGAAGGAGCUGAAGCAGUCGGGGGGCAAGGAGGGAAUUGCGAAGGGACUCCAGAGCGUGCUGAAUGCGACAGUGGACCUGCCAGGGGGUUUCUCAACAAGGCGGAGAGAUGUGUUGCGGUUGGGUGCGGGGCUUAUUGGGUUGACGAGCACCUACAUAGCCUUUACACGAGCCAAGGCCAUGUCUUACGUGUCGCCCCGUGCCGUGCUCAACCAGCUGUUUGGUGCCCCCGCCCCUGGAGUUGCGGAAGCUGCAGAGGACCGCGUGAAGCAGUUCAAGAAGUAUAUCCGGGACAUGGAGAAGCGCGGGGGCGGCACCACGGUCCCCGAGUUCCAGCAGGGCCUCGCCUGGCUCAACACAGCGCCGCUCAAACUCAGCAAGGAGCUACGUGGGCGAGUGCUGGUGCUCGACUUCUGGACGUACUGCUGCAUCAACUGCAUGCACAUCCUGCCGGACCUCGCCUUUCUGGAGAAGAAGUACAAGGACCAGCCCGUAACGGUGGUGGGAGUUCACUCGGCCAAGUUCGACAACGAGAAGGACACGGAGGCAAUUCGGGAGGCGGUCCUGCGCUACGACGUCGUGCACCCCGUUGUAAACGAUGGUGAGAUGACGAUGUGGCGCGGGCUGGGCGUGAGUUCGUGGCCGACGCUAGCGGUGGUGAGCCCGAAGGGAAAGCUGCUAGCCAUGCUAGCGGGGGAGGGCCACCGGCAAGACAUCGACGAACUACUGCAGGCCGCGCUCGAGUAUUACGGCGAGCAGGGAGAUCUGAAAAACGACCCGCUGCCGAUCAGUCUGGAGAAAGACAAGGACUCGCGGGUGGCGAAGAGCCCGCUCAGGUUCCCGGGCAAGAUCGCGACGGAUCUGAAGAACAAGCGGCUGUUCAUCUCCGACAGCAGCCAGCACCGGAUAGUGGUUACGGACCUGAAGGGGAAUUUCAUCACACAAAUAGGGGGUGGCGGCGGGGAGGGUCUGCGGGACGGCGCGUUUGAGUUUGCGGCGUUCAAUCGGCCGCAGGGGCUGGCGUACCACUCGGGGCGGGAUCUGCUAUACGUGGCGGAUACGGAGAACCAUGCGUUUAGGGAGGUGAACUUGGGGAGCGGCAUGGUGAGAACGCUAGCAGGGAACGGGAAGCAAGGGGCGGACUACCGAGGGGGGGGGUCGGGGCCUACGCAGUUGUUGAACUCGCCUUGGGACGUGGUGGUGGACGAGGCGCGCAACGUCGCGUACGUGGCCAUGGCGGGGCAGCACCAGCUGUGGAAGUACGACAUCGCCGGCAACACGAUCGGCCAGUUCAGCGGGGACGGCUACGAGCGCAAUCUCAACGGGCCCAGCGGGACCAAGUCAUCGUUUGCGCAGCCGUCGGGGUUGUCCCUUACGCCAGACGGCUCCAGCAUGUACGUCGCCGACAGUGAGAGCAGCUCUGUGCGCGUGGUCAACACCGCCACGGGGGGGUCCCAGAGCAACGUAGGGGGCGACCCCUACUUUUCGGACAAUCUCUUCCAGUUUGGCGAUGUGGACGGUCAGGGCGGGAGCGCGCGGUUGCAACACCCACUAGGGGUGCUUUACGAUCCCGCAGGAGGCAAGGUCUUUGUUGCAGAUUCGUACAACCAUAAGGUAAAGAUCAUGGACCCUAGUAAAAACUUGGUACAGACGCUAGCCGGUACCGGAAAGCCUGGUUUCAGAGACGGGACGGGCGGAGAGGUGCAGUUUUCCGAGCCCAAUGGACUGGCGCUCGGAGAGGACGGCGACGUUUACGUGGCCGACACAAACAAUAGUUUGAUCCGGGUCAUUCACACCCGGGACGGUAACAAGGUAUCCACGCUCUCCCUGUCGGGAGUACCGCCACCGCCCGAGGCGCCCGCAGCAGCACGGAGAAAGCGGCGCGCCGUUGAUACCGAGUUGGUAAAGGUAGACGAGGUGUCAGCCAGCAGCGGCAACCUGGUGCUGCAAAUCAGCCUCCCCCCGGGCUAUCACUACACGCAAGGCGCCACGAGUAAAUACGAGGUGGAGUCCGACCCGAGCAACGGCGUGACGGUCCAGCCUGCCGCCGGGGACCUCAGCUCCGCGCGCGACGGCCCCUCCGCCACGCUCAAGUUCACGCGCAGCUCCACCGCGGCCUCGAGCGUCCGCAUCAACUGCAAGGUGUACUACUGCGAGGACUCGGACACCGUGUGCUUGUUUAAGGGGGUCACCUUUGAGGUGCCGUUCUCUCCCAGUGAGAGCUCUUCGAGCACGGUGACUUUGCCGUACCUAGUAACACCAGAUAAGACUCCCAGCAAUGUCACCAACAGUUUCCUUAUCAAGCCCUGAUAUCCGAGGGCUAGGUGCAGAGUUGUAGGUCUGUUGAAUGUCUUUUCGUGUUGCUAAUGAUUUUGAGGCAAAGGCAUUGUGGCGAACUCGUCUUCGCUGGGCCGCUCUAAUCAGAACAUUGAAACGGUGAUUUGAAUCUGAUUAUAACCCAUUUUUGCUCGCCAUGUAAAGCUGAGAGCAGACGCAGGCAGCCAAUUGGUCGAAAG